UUUAUUAUUACCAAAGAAUAUUUUUAUAUAUCGAAUCAAAUAUAAUAUUAAAUAGUCAAACAACCCUACGGCGCAGUCGCAACCGAAGGACAACAGUGAAAACAGAGAACAGAGAAAACGAAAGUCAGAGAAAAGAAAUAAAUUUUCAAGUGUCGUGCUGAGUGGACAUUUCGUUACCGUUGUUUUAGUUCUAUUUAUUAACAUUCUAUUCGCAUUAAUUCGUGUUCUUGUUGAAGUCGAAAAAACAAAAAAAACCAACUCCUAGCAGGCAUUGCCAUUGGCAACAGACAGAGGAAGGAAAACGCAUAGAAAAACGUAGUCAAGUUAGCGCUAGAAACCACACAAACAACUCGAGGGCUAAAGUCCUCUUUCGCGAAAAAUCGUAUAUCCCGUCGUUGAACCGCAACAGCCUUCAAGAUUCAGCUGAAGCAGGAAAUGCACGCGCUCAAGGAAGGCGCCACCAUGCUGCACCAUGCGGCUCCGCCGCCUCCGGCUGCGGUCCAGCCACGCGAGGAUCUACUUACCGCCGAUACCUUCUUUUUUGCCCGCAGCAAUCCCAUGGAUAACGCUGCCGCUGCAGCAGCAGCCGCCGCCGCCGGCCUCAUCGACCCACACCAUCACCAUCCUGAUCUGCACAACGCCCUGGUCGCUUCCAUAGCCAACAACAGUGUGGCGGCCAUCAAUGGCACUCUGACCACGGCUGCCGUGCUCAAGAGCGCCGCCGCUGCCCAGCAGCAGCAGCAAUCCCAGGUUCAGCAACAGCAGACACAGGGCUCCAUAGUGGCGCCCGGCCAGGAUCAGUCCCAGGUCGCAGCACAGAACGCCGCCAACGGGGGCGGCAAUCCCCAGCAGCAGCAGCAGGUCGCUGCGCAGCAGGCUGCCCUGGCGCUGCUCAAGGAGAACGUGAACGCCUCGGCGGCCGGACAGAAUGGCAGUGGUGGAGGAGGGGCCAAUCUGAGCAACAAGAGCGGCUCCUCGGGUCGCUCCACUCCCAGUUUGACUGGCGGCAGUGGCUCCGAUCCGGCCCCGGGCAAACUGUUCGUGGGCGGCCUCAGCUGGCAGACCUCCUCCGACAAGCUGAAGGAGUACUUCAACAUGUUCGGCACCGUCACCGAUGUCCUCAUCAUGAAGGAUCCCGUCACCCAGCGCAGUCGCGGCUUUGGCUUCAUCACAUUCCAAGAUCCCUGCACCGUGGAGAAGGUGCUCAAGGUGCCCAUCCACACACUCGACGGCAAGAAGAUCGACCCCAAGCAUGCCACGCCCAAGAACCGCCCCCGUCAGGCCAACAAGACCAAGAAGAUCUUUGUGGGCGGCGUCUCCCAGGACACCUCGGCCGAAGAGGUCAAGGCCUACUUUGCACAGUUCGGACCCGUCGAGGAGACGGUCAUGCUGAUGGAUCAGCAGACGAAGCGCCAUCGCGGCUUCGGCUUUGUGACCUUCGAGAACGAGGAUGUGGUUGAUCGCGUCUGCGAGAUCCACUUCCACACCAUCAAGAACAAGAAGGUUGAGUGCAAGAAGGCCCAGCCGAAGGAGUCCGUCACACCGGCCGCCCAGCUGCUACAGAAGCGCAUCAUGCUGGGCAGCCUGGGCGUACAGCUGCCCUCGGCACCCGGCCAGCUGAUCGGGGCCCGUGGAGGAGGACUGGCCAUGAAUCCCCUGGCCAUGCUGCAGAAUCCCACACAGCUGCUGCAGUCUCCGGCCUCCGCUGCCCAACAGGCCCUCAUAUCCCAGAAUCCGUUUCAAGUACAAAACGCAGCUGCCGCCGCCGCCUCGAUGGCCGCCAAUCCCGCGAACUUUGGCAAGCUGCUAGCCACAUAUCCACAGACUGCGCUGCAACAUGUCAGGUAUGCACCUUACUCGAUCCCCGCCAGCGCCGCUACUGCCAACGCCGCCUUGAUGCAGGCCCAUCAGGCGCAGAGCGCCGCCGUCGCUGCCCACCAUCAGCAGCAGCAGCAACAGCACCAGAACCAGCAGUCCCACAACGCCCACGCCAUGGCCGCAGCGGCCCAGCAUCAACACCAGCAACAACAGAACCACCACACUGCCGUUGCCGCCUCAAACUCCGCCUCGCAGGUCCACUCCGCCGCCGCGGCCGCUGCCCUGGCGGCCAAUGCCGCGAACGGAGCCGGUGCUGCUGGAGCCCAUAGCCUGGCAGCUGCCCAGCAGGCGGCCCUUGUGGCAGCCGGUGGAAACCAACUGAACGCAUCUGCAGCUGCCUUGGCAGCGGCCGCCAAUCCGGCUGCCUACUCCAACUACGCCCUGGCCAAUGUGGAUAUGUCCAGCUUCCAGGGCGUCGACUGGAGUGCCAUGUACGGCAUGGGCAUGUAUGUCUAAGCUUAGGAGUAGGAGGGCUAUGUUUUUUUGGUAAUUUGAAUGAAACAGACCACACCACACACUCCCUAGUAGUAGCCCCAUUAAAACAUUCAUACACCCAUAACCCAUAACCCAGAACACACACACUCAUACACACUCAUCGAGACACUCAUCUGAAGUUGGUUUUCCUUUGAGUUCGGCUUAGAUCGUAGAGAGGUCAGAAGAUCCCUCACGCAGCAGCAGAUGGCAUAUUAAGUAUUAUAUUUAAGGCGCUCGCGAAGGCGCUCAAUAAAUAUUAUAACUAAUUAUAAAAAUA